CUGUUACAGUAUGUUCUGCUGCUCAUAUUGUGGCAUUUGACUCGGCGCUGAUGAAUGAUGAUUUUAUCCAAUUCACUCACUCAUAUCCUGCAAGUAGUGGAAUACCACAGUGGAAUACUGGCCACGCCUGUCUUCUGAUGUGGGAGCUGAGUGCAGACCGUGAAGGCAGCAGCAUUACUGUGGGUCACAUGACAGGCAAGCCUCUCCGACUGAUCUGAUACACAUCUAGUAAUCAUGCCAACCACACAGCAGUCUCCCCAGGAUGAACAGGAGAAGCUUCUCGAUGAAGCUGUGCAGGCUGUCAAGGUCCAGUCAUUCCAGAUGAAACGAUGCCUGGACAAGAACAAGCUGAUGGAUGCUCUGAAGCACGCCUCUAACAUGCUGGGUGAGCUGAGGACCUCCAUGCUUUCUCCAAAGAGCUACUAUGAGCUCUAUAUGGCUAUAUCUGACGAACUCCACUACCUAGAAGUUUAUCUGACUGAUGAGUUUGCCAAAGGACGCAAGGUGGCAGAUCUCUAUGAGCUGGUCCAGUAUGCAGGCAACAUCAUCCCCAGACUCUAUCUGCUAAUCACAGUGGGUGUGGUGUACGUUCGCUCCUUCCCCCAGUCUCGUAAGGACAUUCUUAAGGACCUGGUUGAGAUGUGUCGUGGUGUCCAGCACCCACUGAGGGGCCUCUUCCUCAGAAACUACCUGUUGCAGUGCACCCGCAACAUACUGCCAGAUGAUGGAGAGCAGCCAGAGGGAACAGAGGAGAUGACCGGUGAUAUCAAUGACUCCAUCGACUUUGUCCUACUGAACUUUGCCGAAAUGAACAAGUUAUGGGUUCGAAUGCAGCAUCAGGGUCACAGCCGAGACCGGGAGAAGAGAGAAAAGGAACGACAAGAGCUCAGGAUUCUGGUGGGCACCAACCUAGUUCGCCUCAGCCAGCUGGAGGGUGUCAACGUGGACAAGUACAAACAGAUUGUUCUUUCAGGAGUGCUGGAACAGGUUGUGAACUGCAGGGACUCGUUGGCUCAGGAGUAUCUAAUGGAGUGCAUCAUUCAGGUAGACACCUAGGAUUCAAGGUUUUAUUAUUGUCAUUAUACAAUACAGCAUUGCACAAUGAAAUGUUGUUGUAGCCCCAUCCAUGCUACACACACACAUGUAUAAACAGUUUUUGUUUUUUUUAUU